UCCCUUACUGACCUUCUACUAUGUGACGGUCCUUGCAAAGGGUUGAAUGAUUAUCGUAAAAUGAUGCUUUAUCCUGACUGUUCUCAUGUGAUUUGCGCACGAUGCCAGCAUGAACAGCCAUCCGUGCCCAAUGUUGAUGGGAGUCCCGGCUGUUGCGUUAAAAAAUGCUUUAACGAAUCGCUUAUUGAUCGUGUGCCUAAUGCUACAUAUAGGAAGGAAGCAUUGUACAGAUCUAACCCAUUCACAGCGAUAACCUAUAAUCUUACUGAUUUGAGCGAAUUGAUUUACGGCAGCAAAGCAAACUCGGAGGCAAACAUUAUCUAUCGUAUCCUUCAUAGUGUUGGUUAUUGCUAA